AAUUAUAUAACUUGUGACUAUUCUGCAUACAUCUUUAAUUUAGCAUACGUUGUUUGGUUUACUUUAUCAAUCAAAUAUUCACGAGUGUGAAAAUUUGAAAACCUCUCUCUCUCUCUCUCUCUCUUCUCCUUUUUCUUUGUUCUCUUUAUCUCAAGCUCAUUCCUCUUCUUAGUUAAUUACUAGACCUCUCUCUCUUUUGUUUCAUCUUAUUCUUUCUUCGUUUUUUGUUUUACUUAUCUCGCGGCUCUGACCAGCUCUCAAGUUGUUCGUGGCUGGUUAAUGGAUAUUGAACCCUCUUGGGAUCUUGGGGGGGUGGUUUCUUUUUCUAAAUUGCAUGGCAACAUCAAUUGACCAAACCAAUACCAAAUCAUCACAUGCUCGUGCUCUUCCCCUUCUCCUCAUCUUCUUAUCUUUCCUUCUCUUCAUUAGCCUUACAAUCCCCAUGACUCGUCCUCAGGUCACAUCUACGGUUGCUCCUUUUAAGAGGGUUCUCCUUGAACCUUCGGUUUCAGCUUCAGUAACAAUGGAUCUACAUCCAAACGCUCGCACACGACACAGCCGCACUUCUAGAAGGAGAGAGUUUGGAAAUGAUGCUCAUGAGGUUCCUAGUGGUCCAAACCCUAUUUCCAACUAGGUGAGUUGGCACAUCUGGUUUUACCGGUGAGUUUGAAGGAUAAGUUAUUAUAGAUCAAUAUUAUAUGUAUAUUGGGGAAGCUUCAGAUCGAUGAAGAUUAGAGAGAAGCUUAAUUAUUAUGGAUUUUGUUUUUUUUUUUUUUUGGCUAUGAAUUAUCAUGGAUUUGGUAUAUAUAUCUUUGGAUCGAUCAAUUUGGUACCCUUCCAUUUCCUUUUUAAAUCUUUAGUUCGUUUUAAUAUUGCUUCCUCCAUCUUUUAAGUUGAAGUUAGAGUUGUAAAGAAGAGAUAUACUCUAAAUGGUUCACUUGUGUGUAUGUAGCCACCUCUAAUAUAUUUCCUUCGCAAAA